GUCAUCCUGCCGGCUCUGGCCCAGCGCCUCUGCCCGCCGCAGGGCUUUGAGCCCAGCGAGGAGCUGCGCCUCGGCCUCGUCCAACUCCUGAGCCUCCUGCUGCAGCGCUGCGGGGCCUCCGUGGCCCCCUACCUCACCGACGUUAUCCGCAUCGUCCAGGCCACCCUCCUCGACCCCUAUGCCGAGGUCAGGCGUGAAAGUUGCAGGUGCGCCGUGGCCUGCGCCCAGGCCAUGCCAGAGCACUUCCAUAUGCAGUCAGAAUCUCUGAUAAAACCCUUAAUGCAAACAAUUUCACACCAGCACUACAGAGUUCGUGUUGAUGUAAUUCAGGCUACUGGAGCCGUGAUACAGUUUGGAAAUGGAAAGUCUGUGGAUGAUGUUCUGUCUCAUCUGGCCCAGAGAUUUUUUGAUGAGAUUCCCAAGGUUCGACAUGCUGUAACAACUGUUAUUGGAGAAUGGCUGUUACACCUACGAGAUAGAUAUUCAUAUUUUCACAAGUUGAUCCCUUUGUUACUUGGCAGCUUUAGUGAUGAAAUUCCUGAAAAUACGAAACUGGCUUGGACUUAUUGGGAAAAGAUAGGCUUGCAGUGGGAGAAAGAGAAUGAAGAAGAUCUGAAGGAUAAGAUGGAUUUUAGUGUUUUACCAUCUCAUUAUCCCAAAGGAGUGACUCGACCAGGACUAGGUUGUCGGGAACUUGUGUCAAGAAACCUCUCCAAAAUUCUUCCGGGUCUCUGUCAUGAUAUAACAGACUGGGUUGAAAGUACAAGAAUAAAAGCAUCCCAGCUGCUGUAUACGUUAUUGCUACAUGCAGAGGAUCACACAACGCAACACAUGGAGCUACUGCUUAGAACUUUGUAUCAAGCAUGCUUGGAUGACGAAAGCGAUGUGGUUAAAAAUUGUGUGAAAGCAGCAGAAUUGAUUGGAAUGUUUGUCAGCCCUAAGGUGUCAUUGAGAUUAAUCACAUCGGCCUUUGGGAAGACACCUAAGCCGUCUUGUGUAAUGGUUCUAACUGCAGUGAUUCAGGGUAGCCCAAAAGAAAUCUUACAGCCUCAUUUGACUGAUCUUGGAAACACACUGUCACAAGCUGGAGUUUGUCAACGAUCUGAAGAGGUCUUUUAUAUGGAGCAGUUGCUUUGUUGUGUACAAGCAUUGAUUGAAGUAUGUCAGGAAGACUGCAAAGAAAUUAGCUUGCAGCUAAUGAAAGUUUUGGUGACAAUAAUGGCGAUACCGUGUUCUCAGCACCUUAAAGAAAAGGUAGAGGAAACAAUGUCUUCAUUAGCUGAAGUGCAGCAAUUGGAUAGUUUUCUUUAUCUCUACAAACGGCAUAUAAUUCAGCUUAUGGAAUGGGUUUCAGUAUCACAUGAUUGUUGGACUUGCUAUUCUCCAGAAAUAUUACAGUUGGAUGUCAUCGCAACUCAUUCAGGUCCUGUCAUAGGUGAAGCUCUGAAUAACUUCAUUCUCAUUCUUAAGACAUGUCUUCAGCCGAACAAAGAUCCCCAGAUGCGGUUAAAACUUUUCACUGUUUUGUCACAGUUGCUCCAGAAAGCAAGUGAAACUGUCAAUUCUCAGGGGCUGUUCCCUAGCUACCUUGAGACUGUGAUAAAAGACAUACUGGCUCCUAAUCUGCAAUGGCAUGCUGGAAGAACAGCAGCUGCCAUCCGCACUACAGCUGUAUCAUGCCUUUGGGCUCUUAUUCACUGUGAAAUGCUUUCACCAAAAGAGAUCUUAAAAGUCAAAGAUGGGCUAAUGCCCCAAAUCAUUGCCGCUAUGGAUGAAGAUUCUAAAAUUACUCGACUGAUGGCGUGUCGUAUUGUCGGUGUUUUUUUCAAAGUCUGUGGGAGGCAGUUUGAUGAAGAUGAAUUUACCAACACUUACACAGAAGUUUUAAAGCGUCUGGAUGAUGCUUCAUGUGAUGUACGACUGGCAGCUGCUCACACCCUAGCUAAUUGGUUUAAAUGCUUAAAGGACAGUGAUGUGAAAUCUGCAAUGGAAAGUCAUGUUGAGUUUCUGUACCAAGAACUGUUGAUACAUCUUGAUGACCCAGAUCAAAAUACACAAAAUGCAGUCCUAGAAGUUUUAAAAGAAGGAAGCAUUUUAUAUCCAGAACUGCUUGUGAGAGAAAUUGAAGGGAUCAUACAUAAGCAUCGAACACCAGUCUACUGUAAUCAACUACUACGUCACAUUCAGUCAGCCAAAGAAUCAGCUUUAUGA